CUUUCUUUGUUUUGCAAAAUCACCCAUAUACUAAACCAACAACCAAUAGCAAAUAUCGAAAAUGGCCCAACAUCAUACCAUCUCUGGUUUAGUAGGGAAGCUAGUAACCGAAUCGGAGGUUAACUGCAAUGCUGACAAAUACUAUGAAAUGUUUAAGCAACAUGAAGACGUUCCGAAAGCAAUACCACAUGUUUUCUCCGCCGUCAAAGUUGUUCAGGGACAUGGGAAUACUUCGGGAUGUGUCAAGCACUGGGACUAUAUUCAUGAGGGUAGAAAGGAAUUUGUCCAUGAGAAAACAACAUACAAUGAUGAAACAAGGACAAUCUGUCACAGUUCCGUUAGAGGAGACGUCAUGAAGUCGUACAAAAAGUUUGAUUCAAUUCUUGUAGUUAAACCAAAGGCUAAUGGACAUGGGAGUAUUGUGAGUUGGACUAUUGAUUACGAGAAAAUUAACGAAGAUUCCCCGGUUCCUAUUAGUUAUCUAGGUUUCUUCCAAUCGAGCAUCGAUGAUUUGAACUCUCACAUUUGCGCUUCUCAAAUAAAUUUGGAUUGAUGGAAAAGAUCGGCAAUAAUAUGAACUCAACAGAGGAUCUACUUCCGUUAUCUUAUAUCUAAAUAAUGUGCAUGCACACAAGUGUGUUUAGUGUUUUACUGUUUUUCGUUAUCCAUAUGUUUGAAGGCGUAUGAAUAUAAGCCAAAGUCAUUCGUUGUUGUUUCUAGUAUAUAUUAAUUACACAAAAUUGG